ACCAAUAACAUAUCAACAGCUGUUACCAAUCUUCUUCUCCCGUGAAUCUAGCGUUUUAGGGUUUCAAUACUCUGCCAUUCCCAAUCCCAGAUCUCUUCUUUCUCAAUUUUCCUCGAUAUUCUCAAAUGUGUCUCUCUCAAAAUUGUAAUUUUGUGCAAAACCAUAAUCUUGUAGUAUUAUUUUGAGUUUUUUCACUUCCCAAUUUCAAAUCACGUGAGCCACAAAUCCUCUUUUUGCUUGUAUGUAUCUUACCAUUCACUGUUAUAAGUAGCUGAAAGUUUUCCAUCACCACAAACCUCAUAUGGGUUUCGGGUUUUUAGUCUGAAAUGAUAAUCUUAGUAGCAUAGUUGGUUGGUUGGUUGACUAUCUGAACUUUCAGUUUGUCGGUGAGAAUUGAUUCUUAUCGACUUGAGUUUCACAAACAAUUGUUAGUUUUGUGAAAUUGUGGAAAGGGGUUUGAGUUUUUGUUAAUUUGGUGAAUGAGAGCGUAGCUCGUUGACUAUAUGAACUUUUAUCUUGUUGGUGAGCGUUUGAUUCUUAUUAUUUUUGUGUCUUUCAAAAAAUUGUUCUUUUUUGUGAAUUUUGAAAAGGGGUUUUAGAGUUUUUGUUAGUUUGGUGAAUAUGGGAUCGUCUGGGUUUUUCAUAACUUUAGUAAUUUAGUUGGUUGACUACCUAAACUUUCAACUUGUUAGUGAGGGUUCGAUUCUUGUCAAUUUGAGUCUCUCAAACAAUAGUUCCUUUCGUAAAUUUUCAAUAGGGGUUUUAGAGUAUUUGCUAAUUUGGUGAAGGAGAUCAUCUGUGUUCUUCAUUAUCUUAGUUGGUUGACCAUGUGACAGUUUAUCAGUAAAUGUUUGGUUUUCUACCUUGUACUCACUUCCGUCAUUUCUCGUAGUUUAAAGUUACUUCUAAUUUGUUGAAUGGGAUCAUCUGGGUUUUUCAUAAUCUGCACUCUCCAUUCACUCAUAGCCACUACUAGUGGCGCGUUGAUAAUGUUCUAUUUGAACGAAGUUUUUGUACUUGGACAUGGAAUUGAGACAGCAAGAAAGCUGUUAGGCUCAACCCCACAUGACCAGUUGGUGAUAAAAACAUCCGAUUCAUUCGUUGGAUUACUGUUAUGUGUAAUCGGGUUGUUGUUAUUCAUGGUGUCAUUUGUUAAGGACCGGGAAUUUCAGAGCUUUUUCGCGAAAGGUUGUAUUCUUCUUCAUGCUGCAAUGGGGUUGUGGAGAGUGUAUUUUGAAAGGAAGCUUGAGGAUUUGGCUUAUGAUUGGCCAAGACAACUUGUUGGUGAUCUUGUUCUUGCACUUUCUUGGGUGUUUUUUCUUGUUAGUUCAUGGAGGGAGAAGUAUGAUUAGUAGACAAGAGGGGUUGUUCGGAUGUCAACUAUGCUCUAUAGACAAGAGGGGUUGUUGUGAUGUUAAGUAUGCUCUAUCUCCAAUCUAAAGAUUGUGUGUUCGAGUCGGUAACGAGCAAAAAGUUGGAAGUUAUUGAGGGGAAAAAAGUAUUGUUGUGAAGUACUAGUGCAAGUUUGCUACUUCCUGAUGGUUGAAUGUACCGGAUAUGCAUGCAUUCGAUUGUCUGGUGUUUUAUCAGACUAAUUGGAAUCACUUGAAAAGAUUGUUGCUUGUAUGAAGGUGGAUAGUUGUUUGGUGCAUAUUGGAGGUAUUGUUCUGCCUGAGUAUUCAUGUAACUAUGUCCUGCAUCUCCUAAACUGUAUGAUAUUUUCAAUGAAAUAAAGGGAUCAAGAGAUAACGAAUCCUUGAUAUAUUUCUACUUACCUUCAUGAUAUAAUGUUGAGAAAUGAAAGAAAGGUGGCUGUUUGGAUCUCUGAUAAGAGCAACUCAGUGCACUGUCUCGCAACGUGCGAGGUCCCGGGAAAGACCAAAUUUGAAGGCUUUAUUUAUUGCAUGCAGUCUUGUCCUGCAUUUCUGCAAGAAGCUAUUUCCGUAACUUGAAUUCAUUAUCUCCUUACCAAUUGCACCAAAACUCCCCCUAAAAAAAAUUCAAAAAAUGAUUACUAGUUUGAUGCUUUCAAGUCACUUUUUUCUGUAUAUCUUAAUGGAGCAGUAGAUUUGCAGCUUUUGUUCA